AUGGAGGUUGAUCUUCUGUGCCUCUUCCUGAUGGCCUCAGCAUUAACUGUCUACGUGCAAAGUACUCCUCAUGAGAAGCACGGGUCUCUCUCCAGAUGGUCCCAAAAUUCUAAGGAGGAGGAUGAUGUGUUCCCAAAGAUAAAUGAGGUUAACGAUUCCAUUUUGCCAACAUUCUUCCCCUUCGAGGCUAGUAGUCCAGAACCAGGGGACGAGGACGCAAGCAAGGAGACAUCAAAUGGUGGAGAAGGAACAGAUGAAGUAUAUUCAGUAGAUUUGGAGAUGUCUGCUGAAGAUGGCAGGAGCAUUCCUGUGCUGCUGAGUGAAGAGAUGCUGGCUCAACUUAUAAAGGAUUCUGAGGAAGAGCAGCAUGAUGUGGAGAAAGAUGAGGAAGAUGGUGAUGAAGAUGGCGUAGGAAAAGUAGCGGAUAUGAAUGAGGAGAGUGUGGAGAUUACACUUGAGUCUAAAAAUGAUGGAGAAGACCAGCAAGAAGAGCAGCUAAAAGAGAAAGAUUUGGAAGAAGAGGAGGUAGGGAGUAGCACAGACUCGGAAAUACCAGUAGAUUUAGAUUAUUCUGCUGACAGUGUCUCUAUAGAAACACGUAAAACCAAUCUGGAGGAGAACAAGCCCUUAACCAUUACGUUUGAAGGGGAAGAGAAGGUGGACAAUGAACUUCCCACAGUCAUGGAAGACUAUGAUACCCCACCCAAUCAAGAUUACGAGGAUCCCAAAGAUGGACACCAAGAAAAAACAUUUGACCAAGCUGACCAAGAUGAGCAGAUCCUUUCAGAUCCUGAGACUGACAAAAGCAACACAGAUGAAGACAAGGAGAGUAUGGAACUGGCAGAAACGAAACUCUCUGAAGAAAAAGAGGAAGAGAAGGACACAAAUGAAGGUGUCGGCCAUGCUGAAGGAAGACACAAGAAACAGAUGAGGAACAUGAGACUGAGAAAAGCACAGAGUGACCAGGCUUUGAGUGCUGAUGUGUCCUCAGAGCAUUCUCAAAACCAAGAGCCAGAGAAAGAGACAGAAAUUACACCCAACUUGGUGCAGACGAAGAAGGGGAAAUGGUGUUCCCGGGAUAGGCAACGGAUCCCCACCAACCCCACCAUGAAAAAGCAGUUACUGAAAGCAAAUCCAUCCUGCUCUCCCCAGGCCUCCCUACUGGGAAUGAACCCUGUGCAGUUCAGGGCUGCAGUGGAUCUUUUCCCCAGUAUCAGACCCACAGCUCGACCCAAAUCCAGAGCUGGAGCUGAUCCAGGACAGGAAGCUUCAGUCGACUCAUGUGAGAACUUCCACUGUAAGCGAGGGAAGACAUGCAAGCUGAACGAUAUGAAGAAGCCCAGCUGUGUGUGUCAGGAUCCUGCAGACUGUCCUCCAGGUCUCAGUGAGUUUGACCAUGUGUGUGGAACAGAUAACCAGACUUAUGACUCAUACUGCCAGCUUUUUGCCAUCAAGUGCAGCCUUGAGGGCAGCAAGAAAGGGCACAGACUACAUCUGGACUACAGCGGCUCCUGCAAAUUUAUUCCACCAUGUCUGAAGACAGAGCUGAUACAUUUUCCACUGCGCAUGAGAGACUGGCUGAAGAAUGUGCUGCUGCAGCUCUACGAACAAGACUUCCUUACAGCCAAGCAGAGAUCCAGAGUUCAGAAGAUGUACGAGAAUGAGAGGCGUCUCCAUGCAGGCGAUCACCCAGUUGAGCUCUUGGUUCGGGACUUUGAAAAGAAUUACAACAUGUACAUAUACCCAGUGCAUUGGCAGUUUGCACAAAUGGACCAACAUCCAUCAGACAGGUUCCUGUCUCACUCAGAGCUUGCUCCUCUGCGUGCCCCUCUGGUUCCUAUGGAGCACUGCACUUCAGUUUUUUUCCACGAGUGUGAUGCAGACAAGGACAAGCUACUCUCUUUCAGGGAGUGGUGCCAGUGUUUCGGCAUCAAGGAUGAGGACAUGGACACCAAGCUUCUGUUCUAAAUGAAUGAAGAUUGUUCCCAUCAGACUGAUACAGCUAGCAGAACUAGCUUUCUCUUCCUUCCGAGAAGGGAAAGAAAACUUUGUUUUGAACGCAAACAAAAAGUUAAAAACGUGAACAAUCUGACUUGUUAUUUCUGUAGUGGAAGGACAAGAAUGUCUUGUCUCUGACUAUGCGAUUGAAGAAAACAUUUGAGAAUGUAGUUGAAGUAAAACUCAUAGUAGAAGAAAAGCAGUCUGUGUGACGGUAGUUUUUUUUUUUGUUGUUGUUCUAUUUUAAUAUGGAAAAGAGAAAUUGUGUGUUUUAUAUGUGUUCCAGCAGGGGAAAAGUUUACAACUCAACAGUGUCUAAAGUAAUUGGUGUGGUUUUGAAUUGAUAUGGUUUUGGGUUUUGAGCAUUGCAUUUAAAGAUCUUUGAAGGGAAACAACCUGUGGCACCCAUAAAUGUUAUAAAAUAGCACCCAUAAAAUCUGUUAAAUCAACAUAGUCUGUUUCGAUUAUUCCACUAUUCUAUAAUGUAAGAUUAUUCCAUGAGGUAAAACAGAUUAAUCUUUUAAAAC